AUCGUAGAGCAUCAAUGCCCAAAACUAUACUUUUCCUAUACUAUACUAUAUGAAUUUCGUACAAAUAAUCACCUUUCCUCCUCAAUCCUAUUUCUGUUGCAAGGGACGCCUCGGGUGGGAUUUUUGCCAAAUGUCUCUGCUUGUUUAUAAAUUCUUAAUUAUAGCCUACCGUACCUGUUGAGCUCUCCGUUUCAUUGCUAAGCUAGAUAUGAAUAUUAAAUAUCUACUAUCUAGGUAAAGGCUCGUCGUUUAAGGAGUCUGUCUUGUCGCUCUGAUCAUCACUUUGCCGUCAUCACCACAACUUUAGUGAAAGGAUUUGUUUCCACCACUUUCUCUGUCCCUAAAACAAAUUCACUUUUCUUUUUGUUUUUCUCCACUCUCUGCUUCCUAAUAUUUUCUGCAAACAUCUUUUACUCUCUGAUUUUGGAGCUUGUCAUGUUUAGCUACCAUUAUAGUAGCUCGUUAAUGUGUUAGCUUCCUUGAAGUUAGAUUCCAGAUCUGCAUGUCAGUCAAAAUGGAAGAAGGGGCAUCCGGGGAUUGCAGAAGCUGGAAUGAGGAAAUUUACUGGACCCAUUUUCAGUACAUCCAUUUCUCUCAGUUUCUCCAUGCUGGGUUUGAUCAGUGCUUGGCAAUCCCUGAAAAUUUUACUAGAAAUUUGACAAGGAAGUUGCCUGAUACUGUGACUCUUAAAGGUCCUUCUGGUACCAAAUGGGAAAUAGGCCUAACUGCAAAUGAAAAUACCUUGUUCUUUGACCACGGUUGGAAAGAAUUUGUCAAAGAUCACUCUCUUGAAGAGAAUGAUAUCUUGGUCUUUAAGUACAACGGAGAAUCUAAUUUUGAUGUUUUAAUGUUCAACGGGUGGAGUAUGUGUGAGAAGGCAGCUUCCUAUUUUCUGAGAAAACGUGAACCUAAAGAAAAUGACUGUGGAUGCCAAAUUGAAAGAAAAAGUGGUCAAAGUUGUGCUGGAGUUGCCAUUGGAAGUUCUCUGAAAAAGAAACCUAAACAUAAUGAUAUCCACACUACACCAUUAAAGCAGCCUGUCAUCUCCAAAGUUGCUAAUAAGAAAGCUCAAAGAGAUCUUAAGUUCAAGAAGCCCAUUUCUACCAAGAACAGUGCAGGAAACAAAGAACCUUAUACUUGUGAUGAGGACAUAGAGGCAAAACCUGAGGAUGCAGGCAUUGAGCAGACAAAGGAAGAAGCAGAGAGUGUAAUACAAUUAGCACAAGCAACACUAACUGAUAAGGGCUUUAUUGUGGAGAUGAAACCCACACAUGUAUCCAGAAAAUUUUUUAUGUCAAUCCCUGCUACAUGGGUGGGUAAACACAUCUCUUGUAGAGAAAAUCAAGAUGUGAUUCUACGUAUUAAAGAGAAUACAUGGUGCACAAGAUUAUAUUAUCGUAAAAGACCAAAUAGAGGAGGACUUGCUUGUACCGGGUGGAGGAGUUUUGUUUUGGAUAACAAGCUACAUGAAUUUGAUGUGUGUGUGUUUGAACCCAGUUGCCUUGCCAACAAGUCCAUUAUCCUAGAUGUUAACAUCUUUCGUGUUAAUAAAUGAGUUUACCUCUACAAGGCGUUGAGCGUCUUCAUGCUUGUAAAAUGUUCUGUUUUUGGCUGUGCUCUCUGUGAAUAGCUUUUAAACUGUUUUAGGUGUUUGUAUGUAUUAGCUUUCCAGUACUGAAACCUUCUGUACAUAAAAGUUGCUAGUUUUUAUGGUAUCUUCAGAGAGAGACAGUUUAGAACUAA